UUUCUUCUUGUUCUUCUACUUUUUUGCAACCCAUCCAAGCUUUCACAUACAAUGGCUGGACCGUCCAGUACGAGUGGGACGACUGGCACGACGACGACGACGAGUGGGAGCAACACGAUGCGGGGAUCGCCGUCGCCAGUGACGUCGCCUGGGCCGCUGCUCAUGUCCGGCCAGACGACGCCUCAGCCAUCACUCAUGCAUCCGUAUGGCCACCACCACCACCACCAGCAGCAGCAGCAGCAGCAGCAGCACUCUGCAGUCACAACGCCGAUUGCCGCUUCCUCUUCUUCUGCUGCUGCUGCUACUGCUGGAGUGCUCAGCCGCGGCGCAUCGUCCAACUCGCUCACCUCGCUCGGCCUCAACCCCGCGGCAGCCAACAUGCUCGACGUCUCGUCGUCCUUCUCCAUCUCGGGCGCCCCUGGUGCUGCUGGUCUUGGUGGCACUGGCUCUGGCUCUGGCUCGGCUGCAACAACACUCUACCCGUCCGCCUCGUUCCACGCAUCGUCAACGUCGCUCUCCAUGCUCGCUGCAGACGCAGAGUCAACCACAUUCGGAACGAACAUGGUUGCGCGGUUGGAUCAGCAGCCGACCUGCUUCUCGAUCGACGCAAGCGGCACCCUCGGCGUCGUCGCAUCACGAAAAGGAUUGUCGAUUAUCGACUUGGAGGCGCCAGAUCAACCAGCGCGACCGCUCGUGCACCACACGAAAUGGGAGAUUAACGACGUGCAAUGGAAUCCGCACACAACGCGCUCGUCGUAUAUUGCUUCGACUUCCAACACGAAGGCGCUGAUCUGGAAUGCUGCAGACGACCGUACACCGCUGCUUCAUGUGCUCAAGACGCAUCAGCGCGCCAUUAGUGACAUCAACUGGUCAAAUUUUGACGAAAACGUGCUGGCAACAGCGUCCGUCGACACGUACAUUCAUGUGUGGGACAUUCGAGACCCCUCCAAACCAUCCGCCUCCCUGUGUGCCUGGACCUCCGGCGCGCUGCAAGUCAAGUGGAACCGAUUCAAUCGCAACCUUCUCGCCUCUGCGCAUGACGGUGAUGUCAGGAUCUGGGAUUUGCGCAAAGGCACAGCACCCGCUGUUUACAUCACCGGCCACAUGGCGAAAAUCUACGGUCUCGAUUGGAGCCGCUCAUCCGAGAAUGAGCUCGUAUCCUGCGCCCAAGACGCCAAAGCCAAACUGUGGAAUAUUACAAACACUCGCGCGCCACAAGCUGUUAUUCACGCAGGCGCGCCAAUUUGGCGCGCGCGGUUCACCCCGUUUGGAAACGGGCUUUUGACCAUCACGCUUCCGCCUCCGCAACUCCGCGUGGACAACUCUGUCUUGCUGUGGAGUCUUGACAACGUGUCUGCACCCAUCCACUCCUAUAACGGCCACUCUGAGCAAGUUAAAGAGUUUGAUUGGCGUAUUCGCGGAUCAGAUGAUUAUCGCGACUUCCAGUUGGUCACUUGCUCCAAGACCAGACCAUGCGCCUUUGGCAUAUCGAUGCACACGAUCAAGAGGUAA